AUGACUGAAAGGUGCCUUAUAGCAGCUUCUCUAGCAGUCCUUGCGUUUCAUCCUAGCUCAACCAUUAGGUGUUUCAAGCCAAACCCAAACCCCAAUCCCACCUCCCCACAAAAGGAAAACACUCCUCCCUCGAAACCAUACAGGAGUCUAAAGAGAGCGCUGUCCUUGACCAAGUCCAAGAGGAAACAAGAUUCUCAUACAAAUCCCCCUGUCUCCAGGACUUCAUCGGCCCUUUCCAACACAAGUGUCGAUCCAUCUCCUCCGGCACCGCCACUUCUAACAAGAAGCGGCGAGCUUUUCAAACCGGUGUCGGAGCUUCUCGGGGGACGACCGUUAACUGGUAUUGUGGAAACCAUUUUUCGAUCAGGGUGGGCGGAGGAGAUAGGCGUAACAGUCGAGAAGGUCCUGAUGGUGAAUAAUAGUAUGGAUGUUCUUAACAGAUUUGAGGAGUAUAGGGAAAUGGUGAAAUCCAAGGCCAAAGAAAACAGUGUCGGUUUAGGAUUGGAAAGAUUGGUGGCUGAUGGGAAUGAGCUUUUACUGUUUCAUGGCGUGGUCAUUACUUGUGCAUUAGGGUCUGAUAAGGGGGCUUUGGGCAUUUGCAGCAAGAAACGUUGUGGGGUUUGUAGAGUCAUUGGUUCAAACUUUUUCGUUAGAGAAGAUACAGCAAGAACAACAACAUCAUUGUGUGGGAAUAGUUGGAGAGCUCAUGAGAAAGUGGCUACUGAAUGUAUUGCCAAUGGUGUGUCUCCAGCUACAAGGAAAGGCAUCAUAUUGUGUAAAGUAAUAGCCGGCCGAGUUGUUCGUGCUCCCAAGUUUGGGCUCAUGGAUGGAGAAAAGGGAGGAUUUGAUUCUGUGGUGAGUUCAACUGGGGAUCAACCGGACGGUUCACAAGAUCUCAUGGUUUUAAAUCCAAGGGCUAUCCUUCCGUGCUUUGUGAUAAUCUACAAUGUGUGCAAAGGUACCAUGUUUCAAUAA